UACGAAAGGGUUGUCCCACACACUUCUGGGGCAAGAUCUACUCAAUUGUACUUUUGCAGUUCAGCAGUGAUCACGGAUCGCUAAAUGUUCAUGAGGCUUGUCGCAUGCCUCCAGACAAUCUGCUGUGACGAUCAUGUCGGCCACAAGUACUACGCCCGAGACCACGGAUGCGGAAGACCGUGAGAUCGUGGAAACACUAGCCAAACUCCAGAGCAUGUCCACUCAAAUCACUGCUUUGCGGACUUUGUUGCCCGAGAAGUUGAUCAACCCGACCAGGUUCGCUCUGGAAAACCCGCUUGGGUAUGAUCCGGAAAAGCUCGCGGACUACCUGCAAGAUGCAGCGCUUGCAGGUAGCCAGGACCUAGUACAGUUCAAGAAAGACUGGCACAGCGAGGACGUGCGACAACUCUGGCAUGCUGUCAACACAGGAGACGCCCCCCAGGGUGAAGAUGCCUGGAGUGUGGACUACGGCGACCUUGUCAUUCGUGCCAGAAAUCAACAUUCUCACUCUGCCAUGGUCAAUGGACUCAGCAGCGGACAGCAGCACCAGACCGAUGCGGACCUGGCUAGGAUUGUCAGCGACUUUCGCGCAAAACACCCUGACAUCAAAUUCGACGUGGCAGAUGAAGCACACCCCUUGCCACUAAACAUCACCAUUGCUCAGCUGGAUCUUCGUGUCGAACAGAAUCAGACAGCUGGUGCUACAGCUUUUACGGUGGCUGGAAAGCCGAAUACCGAGCCAUUCGCUCUCCGAGAUAGCAUCGUCGACACGAUUGGAAAAAGCGGGGGCACAAGUAACCUCGGUGUCUUCCUUGAAAUGCUCGCCGCUUACAGCGAUGUGAAAACCAGGCACUGCGAUAAGUGCAACAAGCUUGUGAACAACGAGUUACUGUUGCCGCUAGUCAGACAACUCAAGCCUGAAUCGAGCAAUGAACAUGUUGAAUUUCUUGCGCUUCAUCAAGAUUGCGUGUGAAAAGACAGAGAGCCUGGCGUUUACAGCGUCUAAAUGUAUCGACAGAUUCUACCAUCUCUGAUGUGUAUAUUCACAAGCUGCGCCUAGAUGCAGUACCCAGGGACACUGUCGACUGAUAAUCACCCUGGCUGGUGGUUGGGACUCAUGCUACCCUCCGGCAACAUCGAUGGACGGACAGGUGGUGCUCCGUGAUGUUAGAGCAAGUCACAUCGAUAGAGUCCGAGACAGACGGCAAUGCUGAACCAAAGAUCACCGAGUUGCGCAACGCUCGCAGGAGGUUAUGUCAAGUCCACUCAAUGUGUCAAAGCAUGGCUAGUCCCAGAUGACGAAAAGUCGUUCGUACUUC